GACGUCUUUGCCGGUUACUGCUGAAGGAGGGAGAGGAGGUAGUCACGGGCAGUCUCCGCCGGCGACUGUGUCUUGUCUCGUGUUGAUCUGUUUGUUCCCACCUGGCCUGUGGAUGGUGUGACCCGAGGCCGUGACACCCACGCGAUGAGGCUACUGCAGGUGGUUCUGGCGGUGGGGCUCCUGGCUCACCUCGCCGUCGCCUGGCCUCUCUUCGACGGCUACGACGACGAAUACGACUAUUCCGGUGACUACAUUUACGACUACAAUGACAACGAGAAUACAGCUGCUGAAACGGGACUCGAAACAGUACCGGAGACAGCCCCUGAGGAACACCACCACCACAAUCACCACCACCACGGGGCGCCUCCAGACACACCUACAGAAAUGGAAGGUUCCGGAGACGCUGAAGAUGAUACUGAGGUUGACAUCCCGCCUGAGCUUCUGCCGGAGAAUUUGGUGCCUGAGGAUGGUUCGGAUUCUAUUGAAGAAGUGGUGUCGGAGGAAGUGAAUGGGUCUCCUGAGGCUAAGGGAGGGCCGUCCGGGGUCGUUGCGCAUGGUGUGGUGCCAACCUUCAAGAUGCCUAAGAGUUGCUCCCAGCCUCCAGAUCCAGGUGUGUGUCGUGGCUACUUCCCAAUGUUCUACUUCGAUCCUGUGACUCGUACUUGCCUGCAGUUCGUCUACGGGGGAUGUCGCGGAAACUCCAAUGCAUUCCACACCGCGAAAGCUUGUUAUGAGAAGUGCCAUCCUGUUGGGUUCACGCGUGGGGCAGGCAAGAACAAAGCAGGCUCCUACCUCAAGCUACACGACGGCAAAGGCGACGAGGAGUUUACGUUCCCGGGACGCGACGCUGCAUUGAAAGUCGAGGAUGCAACGCUCGCUGAGUUCUCCGUCAGGAACGUGUAUCAGCUGGAGUUCUUCUUCCGGACUGACUCACCGCAUGGCCUCAUUGCCUUCCUCAGACAGACAUCGGUGCCGUCUGAACUCGGGAACAAAAUGGUGCAGCUGUACGUUUUCCUUCGUCGCGGCCACCUCGCUGUCACUCACAUCUUCUGCCACCACAGAGAGACUUUCCUCAUGCGCAAAGGUGGGCUGCAGGGCGGGAACUGGCACUCAGCUCUGGUCAAGGUGAACUCUGGGACGGGACAACUGCUUCUCGAGGUGGAUGGCGUUCAGGAGGCCUUCACCAUCACCAGUCUUAAGGACAAACCUCACUUCGGGUCUCGCGAGGGCGCCGCCUUCACCUCGCGCCUUUGGAUUGGAGGUGUCUUCGAGGAGGAAGUGCGCGAAGAAAAAAUGGUUGGGCGAACUGAGAACUUCCACGGGUGCCUGAAGAAGAUCGCACUGAUGAGCGGCACGGCCUCAGAGGAGAUGGUGUGGCACAAGGGUCUAAGUUCCUCCGCGUAUAGAGGCGUCAGGAACAUAUGCAGGACCAACUGCAAUGACCGCCACCGUAACCUGUGCUCUCAAAACUCCCACUGCAUUGAACACUUCGACCACAGCACCUGCAAUUGCUUCGGCAGCGGCAUGGACGGGCGCAGGUGUAACAAUCCAGAUGUCCCGAUUCUCUCUCUGAGCAACGACGGCUAUGUGGUUCACCGCCUCUACGAGUGGAUGGACCGCGUGCACACUUACACCAACUUCAUCUCGCUCGAAUUCAGGACUCGCUUCACAGACUCAAUCCUCUUCUACGGAUCAGCUGAGUACCCAGAGAAGCAAUACAUCGUGGCCUCUCUCACUGCUGCCGGGACUGUGUACGUGGAAGCCAACCUCGGGGGCGGCGCCGUGGGGGUGGAGGUCGGAAAUAAACUGGAGACUGGCACUUGGCACAGCUUGAUUCUUGUGCAUCAGCAUAAUAGAAUCCAGGUUCACCUCAACUCUCGCCUAUACGACACCCUGAUAGUGCCCGGGGAGGUGCGUUACUUCCACCUGGACCCUGCCUUCUACAUUGGCGGGGCUCCCAACCUUACCAGAACAUGUGGACUGGAGCCGGACCGAGGCAUCCAGCAGGGGUACGAGUGUCAGAAGAGCCACAUCAGGUACUACUACGACGUGCAUGACGGUAACUGCCACAUCUUGAACUACAGCGGCUGUGGAGGCAACGGCAACAACUUCAGGAGCCAUCAGGCCUGCAUGGACACCUGCAACAAACUGCCGGGUCUCCGGUCCAUGCAUUCCUUCCUGGGCUGCAUGAGGAACGUUUUCAUCAAUGACGUCAGUGUUCUUUGGGAGCUGAAAGUGCAGAACAAGACGACUCGCUACCACGGCGCCACGGAAGUCUCGCCCCUCACCGACACCUGCAAGGACCGGGAGCAAAUGGUUCUCCUGACGCUGUCCACGGAGAGAGCUCACGUCAACCUCACGAACAAAGACCAAGAGAACUUCAGACUCGCCGUGUCCUUCCGCCCCACCACGCCAAAGGGAGUAGUGGCGUCUGGCUACGUGGAUGUUGUGGACACGAGCAGUCAGUGGGAGAUCUACUAUGACGAGAACCACGUGUCCUUUGUCAUCCACGAGGAACUGAUGCAGGUCAAACCCAGCGCCAAGAUCGUCAUCAACAACUGGCAAUACGUGGAAGUGAAGUACAGCAGUGGCAAGGUGGUGAUGAGAGUGAACCACAAGACAGUCUCCAAUAAGCCUCCGGGACCUCUCACCUUCUUCCCAGUCAUCACUUUCGGCCUCAGUCCCCGCUCUGACCUUCCAGGCAUGGUCGGGUGCCUGAGGAAGGUUGAGCUUGGCACGGAGAAGGUGGAGCUGCGAUCGCUGGCCGGAACUAACGUGGCGCAGAAGGACGUGAUCUACGAUGGCUGCAGGGUGCUGGGGCCGUGUGACAGACCUGGGUCCUGUGAACACGGCACCACCUGUACUCUUGAUGCCAACGAUGAGAUCCAGUGUGACUGCGCGGACUCUGGCUACACUGGGAAGACCUGCCACUUCUCUCUGUACAAGACGUCGUGUGAGGAGUACCACCAAAUCGGAUACAACAAGUCAGGAGUCUUCAGGAUUGACGUGGAUGGGAACGGUCCCCUGCCGCCCUCCUUCGUCAAGUGUAACUUCAACAGCCUGACGGGCGUGACCAACACCAUAGUAGAGAACAACCUGCCGGAGAAAUACGAGGUGAGAGGACCUGGCCUGGGCAACCUGCAGGUGGACAUCAAGUACCGAGACUUUAGCGAUGAAAUGUUCCAGGCUUUGAUUGAGAAGUCCGAAUCUUGCUCACAAAACAUAAGAUAUGACUGCAGACGCUCGCCACUCAAGCUCUCCACGCACACCUGGUUCUCGUCCCCUUCAGAAAAAUACAUCGCGAGUUUUGGCUCCAAGGUCCCUGGUCUCUGCCGUUGCAAGGAAAUCGGCGCGUGUGACAAGGCUGACGUGGCGUGUAACUGCGACGCGGUGGACGGGCUGGCGAGGUCUGAUAUAGCGGUCAUCACUCAGCCAGACCUGAUGCCCCUCACGUCAAUGGUGUUUCUGGAGGAUAAGAAAGGCAUGAGGGAGGAGUCGGAGGGACGCAUCACUCUUGGCCCCCUCAUCUGUGCCACGAAAGCCACGAAGGAACAGACGGUGAGCUUCUCCAAGAACCACGUAUACCUAGAGGUGCCAGCGUGGCGGGAGGGAAGCCUUGCCUUCAGCUUCAAGACCACCUCCUCCAGUGCUAUGCUCGCCUACCAGCCCGCCUACCACCCCAGCCACGCCACUUUCAGGAUUGCGCUGCUCGGAGAGAAGGAAGUGGAAUUCAUGUACAGCUACCACGGGCUGGAGCACCGCCACAGCCUACACACCGCCCGGCGCCUCAACACGGGACAGUGGCAGCAGGUUCUCAUUGACAUCUAUCACCACCAGCUGCGUUUCCUCAUCAACUCAGAACAAAAACUCAUUGACAUCGAGGAGGACGCGAAUGUAGGAGUGCUUGAUGGGUCUAUGUUCCUUGGAGGGAUGCCGCCAAGACAAGACACGUGGUUGAACCAAGAGAACCAGGAGGAGGAGGCUCUGGGCAGCUUGAAGGGAUGCAUUCGUGACUUGACCGUGAACAACGAGCUAGUGGAUUUGGACCGGUACAUAAGGGCAGCGCCUCUCGGGGUAUCUGCCUCCUGCCAGCCAUCAUGCAGCCCUAACCCUUGCCAGAACGGGGCAGAGUGUAUCGAGAACUGGGGAUCUUAUGAGUGCGUGUGUAAGAACCCCCUGGCGCACUCCGGUGUCAACUGUGAGAACAAUCUAAACGAGGAAGCGAUCACCUUCACCACGGAGAAGUCAAAGCUAACAUACUUCGUGAACGACACUGACAACUCCCGCAGCCAGGAACUCGCCAACAUGACCUCCCUUCUCCUCAACUUCCGCACCCACGUCAGGCAGGGACUCAUUCUCUUCACCUACGACUACUUGCACAACUUCCUGCAACUUCACCUGGCGUCUCCGAAUGAAUUGGUGCUAUACUUCAACUCCGGGAGGCGAGCUUUGGCCCUCACGGUCGAGACAAGUUUUGCAGUUCCUCUCAACGAAGGCCAGUCGGUGCAGGUGGCCGUAGAACGCGACGGCUCCACCACUAACCUCACAGUCUACACCAACGGGGUCUUCUUCAACGCUUCCCUCGGUUCUGGCUUGCUUCCCCUUCACGAGGGUGACUAUGAACAGUUUCCUUAUGGCGAGAGCACCCCGCUGCUUGACAUGGUGUACUACCCUCACUCCUUCACCAAGCCAGGGUACUUUUCUAUGUUCUACAUGGGAUCUGCCAAUGACCCGCAAGCUGACGUGAGGUCGGACCUGCCUGGCCUGGUGGGAUGCGUGCGAGGUUUUCAGAUCAACGAGGUACCUGUUGUCCUGCACCGCUACCUCGCCGACCACCCAGCUGAGGGCGUGAAGAAGGGGUGCUCGAUGGUGUGCGAUCAUCAUCCUUGUCUCAACGGCGGUGUGUGUGAGGAAGACUUCCUGUACCCGAGCAACUUCCACUGUGACUGCUCCAGCACUUCCUACACGGGCCCCGUCUGCAGCACCGAGACGGCGUACACCUUCCACGGGAGCGAGUGGCUGGGCAGAGACGCGACCACCUCGCCCCUCAUGGAGAACCUGGUGUUUGAGCUUGCCUUCUCCGCCUCCAUCAGACGCCCACUGCCCCAACUGGUCGCCCUCCUCAGGGGCACCACCACCGCCACCCACGACGACUACAUCCUGGUGGCGGUGGAACCUAACGGGGCCGUGACGGUGCAGGCGGUGCUCAAGAACCUCGAGGACGCUACACUGAUUGCUAGGGUAUCUCCAGACGAAGGAAUCAACGCUUUCAGUGGACACCGGCACUUUGUCAAGGCCGAGUGGCUGAGUGACGGGCUCUGGGUGAAGGUGGACAGAGAGGAGCGACUGCUACGAAGGGAAGCCACCUCGUACAGGUUAGAGUUGGAAGCCUUCCCUCGCAGUCUCUACUUGGGCGGCAUGGAGGAAGGAGUGGACUCUCGCUUCGUUGACUAUGAGAAUUUCCACGGGUGCAUUUCCAAUGUAAUGAUCUCCAACCCGAAUGGAAAGUUCUUCCCUCUGCAGGAGUAUGAAGAAAACGACCGUCAUAUUACGAACUUCGGUAUCCCCACCUCCGGUUCCUGCUCUGGCUUCCCCCUCAUGCCUGCCUUGGUCAUGACUUACAGAGCAGACAAGGACAUUUCGCCGGUGCAAGGGGAGGACUGGGCCGUGCAUGCAGCGCAGAGGACAGCUUACGACGCACCGCCGCCCCUCACCAAAGCGGAGAGAAACACGCCAAUGGAUAACGUGGUUCCCGCCGUGGCCACCAGCGUUCUUCUCGUGUCGGGCAUCAUCCUGGCCAUCCUGUGCAUAAGAACCAGCGACAAGAAGAAGAAGGCGAAGAAGAAGGAACAGAUGAAAAAGGAGGAAGAGGAGAGGGAACAGCUUUUGAAGGAUAGGAAGAAGAGUAGAGAAGAGGCAAUGAGGGCACGCAUCACCAACAUCUCUGAGGUGGAGAUGAAGCCCCUGAAGACAGCCCAGAACGGAGGAACACAAGAACAAGAUAAGGUGAGGAAAAUGAACGCAGCGAACCAGCAGCAGGUGGCUCCCCCAACGGAACCCCCACCACCCAUCCCAACCAAGAAACCAGAGGAGGAGGAGGAGGAGGUGCAGGUGAGGAUGCCAAAGGACUCCACCGCAGACAGACCGCUUUCCUGGGACAAGUCCGCUGAUGCGCUGCCUCUCAUAGGAACUGAGGUGCCGCAGGUGAGGCCACAAGGGGAGGCUACAGAGGACUCGACGUCAGAAGGAAGCAGCUUUGACUGUACCAUUGAGAUCACGGGUGGGUCGCCUUCCUCCUCCGCGGUCUUCCCUCAGCAGCGGGACUUGGUUAUGGCUGACUCUCCCUCGUCGAUGCGGGUUAACCGAGGCUCCAAUACCAUGCUGUACGUUGACGAUGACACUGCCUCGGAGAGUGAGCCCCGCCUUCUCCUUCACGGCUCCCUUCCCACCGAGGAGCAAGGGGAGGUGGUGGAGCCCCCGUUUGUCGCCACCACGGUUCAUCUGCUUGGCGGAGGAGAGGUGCAGAAGAUAACGAAGAGUGAAUUCGAGGAUGAGAUUGUGGUUGUCGAUGAUUACCUUGAGGAUAAAGCAACACCGGUACCCGAAGCUGACAGCAUAGAGGUUGGAGAAGUGCCUGAAUCGAGCAAAGACAUUCAGGGAGAUGAAGAGAAGGAUACAGAGCAGCAAAAGGAAAGCGAUCUUGCAGAAGCGGCUCAGGAGACCAACCAGGCGGACAGUGAGGUGACAAAGACGGACCAAGAAUCUAAGCCCGCUACAGAUGGAACAGAAAACGAAGCAGGGAAGGAGACCGCCUCGAAAGACGAAGGCGCAACAAAGAAAACGGAAGUGGAGAAAGAAAACGAGAGCGCAGAGAAACCAGAUUCAGACGACGAGUUCAUUGAGCUACGACCAGAGAACGAGAAGGUGCAGAACGCCGAGCGGGUGACAAUGCAGCCUAACUAAAUAACACCCCCAAAAAGGCGCCUCUCUGAUGAUCCUUGUGACACCUUCAUAACCUCUCUUGGCAGACGUGGCAAGAACCCAACAAGUCUCCUUCCAACGCCACCGAGAAUCAACACCACCUAAACAUUCCCACUGACAACUUGCCAAUACAGAAAGACAAAGCGAGCGAGAAAUAUGACGAGGAGAAGAAGCCACAAUUCAAAGUAGAGAAAGUCGAGGCAGACGCUGUGAAAGAGGAGUAUUCUGAAGGGGAGAAGGAUGCUGGAAGAUACUCCGAGAUGCCACCAGAGGAUAAGGAGGUCGAGAUGAAGUGCAAUGAGGAGAAUGAACUGAAAGAAAUAGAUGACAGAGACGAGGAGUAUUUUGACUGCAAGAGCAGUGCCAGCGUUCUAACUCCUCCAGAAAUCGUUGUCAGCAGCCCAAAGGAGAAAGAAAGUCUGAACACAGGAUACUUACUGAGUCAUAUUUACAAAGCCAAGGCCGAAGGGGAAGGGAAAAGGGAAGGAGAGGCCAACAUAAAUCAAGACAAACAAGUCGAGGGUUUGGAAUCUUCAAGUCAGGAAAUGAAACCAGAUAGAAAAGAGAGUAACAUGAGAAAUGACGAUGUAAACAGCCAGGAAAUUCAAAACGAGAAAGGAAACGCUAUCCAGGAACUAGAAGACGAAGAAAACGAGACAGAAACACAAGAAAAAUUCAAAGACAACGAAGAACUCUUGGACAUCAGCGCCAAACUCCUGCUGCUGGACAUGGCGGGGCAGAGAAACGAUGGCUUCUCGUCUCCAGAGAGCUGUCCAGGGUCCCCUAUGAGUGAGGAGGACAGACCGGGGUCCCCCACAUACGUCAACCUAUACCAGGACGAUGACAUAAACCUCCUGAACACUGGAGUCUCCCCUAAAUGUUCCCCCGGCAACCUGACACCUUUAGACCCCAUCAGUGAGCAGGACGAAAGCGAGGAAGACAAGGAGAAAGACGGGGACAGUCCACGGAAGACGUCAUUGCCGACACUCUUCAAAUCCAACCUGUCCUCUGGUGUUGCCAACCUCAGUGUUCUCUCUGGGGAAGAUGACGCCGCAAAGGACGAAUCAGCAUCUGAGCACGAGGCUUUAAAAGACACAAAAGACGCAAAAGAUGAACCAGAUGCAAUUCUUGAAGCAAAAUCUGAAGUUACUCCUGAACCAGUCCCUGAAGCAGCUCCUGAAGUCCCGCACGAGGAAGCUACAAGCGGAGGCGUUAAAAGGAGAAGGCGUCGCAAGAAGGGCCGCGUCACAAGGGAGAAGCAAAGCCCGGUGUUCCUGAAUGAGGGAGUGCGAACCUUCAGUAAUCCCGUGAGUUACUUCGGCGGCCCCAACAUCAAGUAUGAUGAGGAGGACGGAGGCGCAGCAGCAGCAGCAGGAGGUGAAGGAGGUGCUGAAAGCCGUCUUAGUAUUAUCUCGAAUGUUUCGCUUGAUUAAGAAAAAUGUCUCUUUUUGUGUGUACAUGUUUCAAAAGGUAGUGGACGAGAUAGAGUGUACUGAUGAGUUGUUUUGUUUUGUUAUUUCUUUCGUUUACUUUGUAGUCUGUAAAAUAGUCUUAGCUCGCAGUGAUGGUGAUGAUAAUGAUGAUGAUGAUAGAUAGCAUGGCAGUCUUACUACACUCGUCAGUCUUUGCUUGUGAUUCUGAAAGUUAGCGUUCAUGUUCUGAGUCAUGUUAGUCACGAUCAAAAGAAAAAAAAACUUUCAACCUCAGAAUAGAAAAACGAAACCUCUCUGUAAAUAUCUGUAAAAAAAAAAAAAAAUGAAACUGUUCUCGCUAGGUCCAUAAAACUGUCGAUGGAUCCGAGGACGAUACUUGAUUGUGUAUGGCUGGGCACGGUGACUUGUUAGUGUGUUCAUUAAACAAUACGACAAACUC